AUGUCGAUCGCAUUGCUAGUUGCAUUAGCUCUUCCUGCUGAUCCAAUUACUUCACUGGUUGAUAUUGCAUUUGUUGGUCAUUUAGGCUUUGCUGAAUUGGCUGUUGUUGGCGUUUCCAUAUCAAUAUUCAAUCUGGUAGCAAAAUUGUUCAAUAUUCCUCUACUCAAUAUCACAACCUUAUUUGUUGCUGAAGAACAAGCAGUAUUAGUCAAGGAUGAUGAUGAUGAUGACUCCACUUUUCUCAGCCAUGAUAGCAUGAGUGGAAGCAAGAAGAAGUUUCUUCCAUCUGUUUCAACUUCUUUAGCCUUAGCUGCUGCUUUUGGGAUUGGGGAAACCAUAGCACUUUUCUUUGGAUCUGGUUCACUAUUGAACCAUUGUUGUUGUAACAGAGCUCAAGAAGAAGGGUAG